AUGGACGGGCAAACAAAGGGUUCUUCUCUUGAAGAAAUUGCGUUCAAGUGGAUGUUUCAUUGUGGAAUCGUCAAGAGUUUACACGAACAGUGUCAACGAUACGAGAACGAAAGUUCAGAUAACAAAAUGGUGAGACUUUUCUUAAAGUUUAUACAUAUUUUUUAUUAUUCAUAUUUUGUUAUAAAAUGUUUUCAAAACUGGGGGUCUUUGACUUUAUUUUGCUAGAGGUUCGGUAAAUUCUACUAAAUAAAUUUAUAAAUUGUAAACAGGAUACCAAUAUUUAAGUUUUGAACUGAUGUAUAAACAGCACUUAAGAAUUGAAAUAGUCAAUGGUGUAUUAAUGAAACUUGUGUGACAUGACUGUUCAAACAUUCUCAGUUUUUAAAAUGAGAACCACACAAAUUCCGUUCUUGAAAGAUAUCUUUGAUAUAUUUGUUUAGAGAGAGAAGAGAAUUUAUAGGAUUAUUUUUACCAUUGAUGCUGGGGAGUUGUUAGAUUUUGAUGGUAAGAACAUAAAGUGUUGAAGAUGCCAAAUACAAAACAGUUCCAGAAAAAACUAGGGAUGGGGGGGGGGGUGCAACAUGCCCCAUGCAGCUGAAAGGGUCCCAUAUGACUUCAAAGUUUGCCCCUUCCCAUGCAAGGGCCUAUUGAGAAGAAGAAUUUUUCCAGUGCCGAAACACACUGUGCACAUGGUGAUUUUUAUUCUUGAAGUCUAUUUUGGUCAGAUCUCCCAAACUAUAUCACAGAGUUAGGGAUGGACCAUUAGAAAAGUGAUGGGGUGGUAAAUUUUUUUUGUUUGCAUUUUUUUCCAGGUUGUCAGCUGUGUAUGCAUGUUUUUUUUAAAUAUGUCUUCUCGCAUGCAAUUUUUUUUCCAAUACAACUAUACAAAUGUUAACGAAACUGUUCUCUUGACAAAAAAUAUCCCUUUAAUACACACUGCAAAAUUAUAUCUUUAAGCACCAUAUAUGGACAAGUUUUCUAGGGGUCCAGAGCAUGCUCACCCGGAAAAUUUUUGAAUCUAAAUUCUCUGAAAUACCAUUUCCCGGACUUUGGGGAGAGAUUUUACAGAAUUCUGAUGGUCAGAAAACGCCAUUGUAACAUAUCAGAGGCCCUUGGCCAAUGUUUUUGCUCUAUAGCCUGAGCCUGGGGCCCCCCAUUUGCGGGCCCAUUGGGGUUGGGGGCCCCCGGAUUCUCCCAGUCCGAGCCCAUAGUAGUUACACCACUGAGGACAGUGGCAGUGUGAAUGAGAAUUAAUUAUUAAAUACAAUAGAAAAUAUUUUGAUAGUAUAUAAUAAAACUACAUAAGAGUUACUGUUAAUAUUGAAAGAAAUUGCAUAUUAAUAUAUUAUAUAUUUUGAUAUAUUUAUAUUCUGAAAUAUUCCAAAGAUUUAGUUCAAUUUUGUCUGAUGUACAUUUAAAAUUAAAGUUCUAUUGUUGUUCUGUUUGUAAUUUUUUUUUUAAACAAGUCUGUUUGCAUGUAUUUUUUUUCAAACCUUUUUUGUUUGCAUGGAUUUUUUUUCUGUUUUUUCCCCACCCUCCCCAUCACUUUUCUAAUGGUCCGUCCCUUAGAAUACACCCUUCGGGAAAGUAGUCGUCCAUGACUAUGGAGCCUCGUUUUCGUGAUUUGAGAUAUUAGGUUUAGUGUACUUUAUCGUGUUACAGGUGGACGGUGUAACAUAUACAGUUAUAUUAGAUAAUAUAGAAUACCUUCAUAAAAUUAUGUCAUCAUUAACAAGAUAAAGGUCUCUAAAGCUAAUAUAUCUCAAUCACGAAAAUGAGGCUCUACAACCGCCAAGGCUAAGUGUUCUCUGGAUAGGUGCAGUCUGACAAUUUGGAUGUAAAGUUUACCCGAAAUAUGCUCUAUGUCUAGUUUUACUGCCUUGUGUAUUGAGGAUUCGUGUAAGUAGGUAUACUGUUUCAUUUUUGUGUCACUAUAGUUCAACUCGGAAGUGUUGUGUGCAAUCAGCCAGAAAAAGGCAAAGAAAUAUUUCAAGAGGUGAUUUAAGCUGCAUUUCAGUGAAAUUCUAUUGAGCCCUAUAUUUAUCUAGUGUCUCCAGGCUGUAACUUCACAUUGUGUACAUACAUCAGAAUAUACAUCACUUUCUAGGCAUGUUUUAUCUGCAUACAAACAUUAAAUUGGAUUCCAGAAAUUAUGUCAAAAACUCAGGUUGAUUUGCAGAUGAGAUACUUGUCAAUUCCGCGUUUCAUAAGGUGAAUUGAUUGGUAUAGUGGUAUUGAAUACUUUUAGAGUUUUGUGGCUUCAACUUUUUAACGUUUUGUUAAAAAAUGUUUGUAAUAGUUGCUCCUCAGUGUUUGCUUUGAGAAGAGAGUUACUAGAAAGUGGAAGUCGAAGUAUGCCAUUAUUUUGUACAGUUGGAAUUGUCAGUGGUAUGACGUCCAGAGUGAACUACACGUAAGUGACAGCGAGCAUAGCCCUGGAUUUACUUAGAAGAUGAAUUCCCAGGUUGUUCAUAUUUCUCUUAACCAAUUCAGAAUUCACCUCAUCCUUCCUUUUCCAACAUGCCUUUUCCUUCUAACUGACAUGUCUUGCACUUUCUUAAAGCUUCUUUCGACCAAGUCCAACAAUUUUGAUUGCAAAGUUUUUGUGCCAUCCGUAUCUCCAUUCUCGAUCUUCAAGAAACCUUCCUGUUCCUUCCUAAAGGCUCAAUUAUUGCAAGUGUCCGCCCCACACUUAUUCCCUGCUAUCAUCCAUGAUGUAACUAUGUAAGAUCGCUUGCAUACUCAAGGACUUGAAAUCACAUGUUAAGUGAUUAUACAAUGAUAAAUUCCGACGAUAUUUAUAAGUUUUGUUAUUCGCAGACAAAGCACAUGGUUUCAGUGCAUCAACAACACAUGUCAUUCUUCUUCCAUUGGAAGUGGAUGUGCAGGAUAUUCAAAUAAUCCGGGAGGUGAAAACAUAAGGUAUUUCUAGCAGCUGUAUGUAGUAUUCGUACUAGUUGAAAAUAAGUUACGAGUUAAAUGUGGUACCGUUGGCGUAAUUAAGCAAAGUAAUUUGUGUGCUUCUCUGUUUGAUGCAACCAUCUGAAAAAUAAACGUCGACGGUACGAGCGUUUGGCUAUUGUUACCUCCAGACGGUGAACGUCUUCGCUCGAAACGUCGAAGUUGUUCUUAUUUUUCAGGUAUAGUUAUAUCAUACAUAUUUAUUUUAUAGCGGAGAUAUGAUUUGCAUAAGUUGCGGAACGCCUCUCGAAGAAGAUAUUUCAUGCAGAAUUCUUGGUGGUAAGAUAUUCCGGAAAUGUGCCACGAUUGAUGUAAUAUAUAUUAUAUAUUGUUCAUCGUGCGCUUCAUAGUUUGCUAUAAUAACGUUCUACGCAAUUAUCAACUUCUGUGAGAACUCCCAUGCCCAAGUAUUAUAUUUUUAUAGUCUAUGGAACCAUAGAGUAGAACAAAGAUGGUGAGGUAGCAUUGCAACGAACUGUUUUUAUUUUUGAAUUAGAGAAAUGCCAGCUUCGUAUUGUAAGUCCUGAUGGAUUGUCACACAACACUGAAACGAAUACGAACUGUCGCCUUAAUCGUUCAAUUUCAGUUUAUGUCAGAGGUACGCAUGAAUCAUAUUUACUCAGAGACUUUCAUGCAUUUUAGGAUUGUGGUUGUGUAUAUCUGCCCUACUUCUCUGAGACCUGAGUACCAUUGUUGUAAUAUCCUGAGUGCAGUGCUCGCAAUUUCAUUCAAACAUUACAGGUUUUCGUAACAUAAAAUAGUAACACUGGAUGAAUAGAAGAAGAACAGUUGAUGAAUGAUAGUGCGAUCCAGUAUAUAAAUAAAAUCACUAAUUAGUUUACGUUUCCUAGCUCCUGUAGUAACACCGGAAGAAUGGGGGAGAUGGCCCUUGCUGGACCUCUAGUAGGAAUGUAGUAUAGAACCGAUAGGUCUAUCAAGUGUAAACACAUUUUUCUCUGUUUCGCUUUUUCAAGAAUAGUGAUGAUUCUGAAACUGAUGAUUCCAGAGCAAUUAAUGUUUUAAUAAUUUUUAGACGAAUUAAUUAAUGAAGUUGAACUCGGUGCUUGUCAUUCGUUUUCACUAUUUCCGCAUCGAGAAUUUUACAGUGGACAAAAUUCCAAUCAGUUGAACUUAAUCUUUGAGGUAAUUACUUAUAUAUUUAACAAAUCAAGCAUGUUAUAAAAUUGAUAUUUUAUUUAUUUCAAGUGGCUUGGUACUUAUAUGGUGUCAUAUCCUCAAUCAGUUUUAACUUUCUUUUUUUUUUCAUUUCAGGCAAACAAUGUUACAAAGGUAAUUUAUAGUUGUUUCGUGUAAGCAUGAAAUACACACAUGCUAUAUAAAAUGUAUUUCUUCUGUUGAAGAAAGUAUCUCGCGUGUUCACUUCGUUCACUUGAGAGAUAAAGUAAAUUUCCAUCAUUUAUAUAUUAUCCAUUGAUCAGUGAAUCUGCAUGUCAUUUUUGGACUGUUCAUUCUAUAUUUCAUUAUCAUUUUUUAUAUUUUUUACUCCUAAAAGGUGAAUGCUUGUCCUAUAUUGUCUAUGGUGCCCCAGUCCCUCCUGGAAGCUAGUAAAUCAAAGUUCUGCAAAAUACAAAAACUGUAUGAAGGUUAGUUUUGAAUUACUGUAGUAAAUUCCAUUUUAAAAGGGUGGAAGGAAGGAACAUUCGAACAAAGUUGUGUGAUAUGUGUUGAUGUGGAAAACAAAGAUUAAUUGUUUUUUAAAUAACAAACCUGAAUAAUAAAAUAUUGUUAUUGUUUUUCAUAGAUCGCAAAAGUUCACCGUGGAGUUUCGCUGCUUCUCUUGCUUACUUUUUCGGAGGUGAGGCUUAA